GUGCCUGCCAGCCGCGGGAGUCGCUCGUGGUCCUGCGCCCUCGCCGCACGCCGGGCGGGUCGGGGCGGCAUGGCGGGCGGCAUGGAGCCGGUGCCCCGCGAGGAGAAGCCUAACCCGCUGCAGGAUGCCAACCUCUGCUCCCGGCUCUUUUUCUGGUGGUUGAAUCCCUUAUUUAUUACCGGCCAUAAACGGAAGCUUGAAGAAGAUGACAUGUAUAAAGUGAUGCCAGAAGAUUCCUCAGAGAAGCUUGGAGAGGAGUUGCAGUGGUACUGGGAUAAAGAGGUGCAAAAAGCAAAAAAGAGAGGAAAAACACCACAUUUAACAAAAGCCAUUAUUCUGUGCUACUGGAAAUCCUAUUUAGUUUUUGGAAUUUUCACAAUGAUUGAGGAAACCCUCAAAAUAAUUCAACCAAUUUUUUUGGGAAAAAUUAUUAAUUAUUUUGAAAACUACGAUGCCUCAGAUGAGGCAUCAUAUUUUCAGAGGAGGAAUUCUGCAUAUUGGUACGCAGGUGCUCUGUCUGUGUGCACGCUUAUCCUGGCUAUCAUGCACCACUUGUACUUCUACCACGUGCAGAGGGCUGGCAUGAAGCUGAGGGUGGCCAUGUGUCACAUGAUUUAUCGGAAGGCACUUCGUCUCAGCAAUGUGGCUAUGGCGAAAACUACCACUGGUCAGAUAGUAAACCUGCUGUCAAACGAUGUCAACAAAUUUGAUCAAGUAACAAUUUUCUUGCACUUCUUGUGGGCUGGACCACUUCAAGCUAUAGCAGUAACAGUACUUCUCUGGAUGGAAAUAGGCCCAUCAUGUCUUGCAGGAAUGGCAGUUCUGAUUAUUCUUCUUCCUGUGCAGACCUGCAUUGGGAGGCUUUUCUCUUCCCUCAGAAGCAAGACAGCUGCCUUAACAGAUGUCAGGAUUAGGACCAUGAAUGAAGUGAUAAGCGGUAUGAAGAUAAUAAAGAUGUACGCUUGGGAAAAAUCAUUUGCGGAACUUGUGAAUGGUUUAAGAAGGAAGGAGAUUGCAAUGGUUAUGAAAAGCUCUUACCUUCGAGGACUGAACUUAGCCUCGUUCUUUGUGGCAAGCAAAAUUACAGUGUUCAUGACUUUCAUGGCAUAUGUCCUACUUGGGAAUGUCAUCUCUGCGAGCAGGGUGUUUGUGGCAGUGUCCCUGUAUGGAGCAGUGAGACUCACAGUGACCCUGUUCUUCCCUUCGGCCGUGGAGAGAGUGUCCGAGUCGGUGAUCAGCAUCCGGCGGAUCAAGAACUUUCUGAUGCUUGAUGAGGUCUCACACUUCAAGCCACAACUGCAUGGCAGUAAUGAAAAUAUCAUUCUUGAUGUUCAAGAUUUGACUUGCUCUUGGGAUAAGAGUUUAGAAACCCCAACACUUCAACAGAUUUCGUUUACUGUCAGACGAGGGGAGUUACUGGCUGUGAUUGGUCCUGUAGGAGCUGGAAAAUCUUCUCUCUUAAGUGCCAUACUUGGUGAGCUGCCUAAAGACAAGGGUUCAAUAAAUGUUACUGGAAGAAUUGCCUAUGUUUCACAGCAGCCUUGGGUGUUUUCUGGCACUGUAAGAAGUAAUAUACUGUUUGACAAGGAAUAUGAGAAAGAAAAGUAUGAAAAUGUUUUAAAAGUCUGUGCUCUUAAAAAGGACUUGGAAUUAUUGGCAAAUGGUGACCUAACAGUAAUAGGAGAUCGUGGAGCUACUCUGAGUGGGGGACAGAAGGCCCGUGUAAAUCUGGCCAGAGCCGUGUAUCAAGAUGCGGACAUCUAUCUUUUGGAUGACCCACUGAGUGCAGUGGAUGCUGAAGUUGGAAGACAUUUGUUUGAAAAAUGUAUUUGUCAAGCCUUACGUCAGAAGAUUUCUGUUUUGGUCACUCACCAGUUGCAAUAUCUCCGUGCUGCAAAUCAGAUUCUAAUUUUAAAGGAUGGUAAAAUGGUGGGGAAAGGUACCUAUGCGGAGUUCCAGAAAUCUGGCAUCGACUUUGCUUCCCUUUUGAAAAAAGAUGAGGAGGUGGUAGAGCAGCUGUCAGUUCCAGGAACCCCCAACCUGAAGUCUGCUCGGAACCGAACCUUCUCGGAGUCCUCUGUCUUGUCCCAGGAUUCGUCCGUCCACUCGCAGAAAGAUGGAGCUGUGGAACAACCACCUGGUGAAAAUGCACUGGCUGCAGUGCCAGAGGAGAGUCGACAUGAGGGAAAAAUAAGCUUUAAAGUUUACAGAAAAUACUUCUCUGCAGGAGCAAACUACUUUGUGAUUUUUAUACUCUUAUUAUUUAAUAUUUUGGCACAGGUGGCUUAUGUGCUCCAGGACUGGUGGCUUUCUUACUGGGCAAAUCAUCAAGAAAAGUUGAAUCUCACAACAAAUGGAAAUAAUGGAACAAAAGUGCCUGAUCUAGACCUUAACUUUUAUUUGGGAAUUUAUGCAGGUUUAACAGUGGCUACAAUACUAUUUGGCAUAAUAAGAAGUCUUCUGGUGUUUCAAGUUCUUGUCAAUUCUGGUCAGAAUUUGCACAACAAAAUGUUUCAGUCCAUUUUGAAAGCCCCUGUCUUGUUUUUUGACAGAAAUCCUAUAGGAAGAAUCUUAAAUCGUUUCUCCAAAGAUAUUGGCCACUUGGAUGACUUGCUUCCAUUGACCUUCUUGGACUUUGUGCAGACUCUCCUACAGAUUUGUGGUGUGGUGGCUGUGGCUGUGGCAGUGAUUCCUUGGAUGCUCAUCCCCUUAAUUCCACUAUUUAUUCUUUUCAUUUUUCUUCGACGAUAUUUCUUAGACACUUCAAGAGAUAUUAAACGUCUAGAAUCCACAACUCGAAGUCCAGUGUUCUCCCACUUGUCGUCAUCCCUCCAGGGGCUUUGGACUAUUCGGGCUUUGAAAGCUGAGGAAAGAUUUCAAAAAUUAUUUGAUGCACACCAAGACCUCCAUUCAGAGGCCUGGUUUCUCUUCUUGACAACCUCAAGGUGGUUUGCUGUGCGUCUGGAUGCCAUCUGUGCCAUUUUUGUUAUAGUGGUUGCUUUUGGUUCCCUGCUUCUUGCCAACACUCUGAAUGCGGGGCAGGUUGGUUUGGCGCUCUCCUAUGCCAUCACCCUCAUGGGAACAUUCCAGUGGGGUGUUAGACAGAGUGCUGAAGUUGAAAACCUGAUGAUAUCAGUAGAAAGAGUGAUGGAGUACACAGAACUUGAAAAAGAAGCUCCUUGGGAGACCAACAAACAUCCACCACCAGAAUGGCCUAACCAAGGAAUGAUAGCAUUUGAGAAUGUUAACUUCACUUACAGUCUAGAUGGACCAUUGGUUUUAAGACAUUUGUCUGCUGUAAUUAAACCAAAAGAAAAGGUUGGAAUAGUGGGAAGAACCGGAGCUGGGAAAAGCUCCCUGAUAGCAGCCCUCUUUCGCUUGGCAGAACCUGAAGGAAGGAUUUGGAUUGAUAUGUACUUGACAUCAGAGCUGGGACUCCAUGACUUGCGGAAGAAAAUCUCAAUUAUACCUCAAGAGCCUGUUUUGUUCACUGGAACUAUGAGGAAAAACUUAGAUCCUUUCAAUGAAUACACUGAUGAAGAGCUGUGGAACGCCUUGGAAGAGGUGCAACUGAAGGAGGUUGUGGAAGAUCUACCCAACAAAAUGGAGACACAGCUGGCAGAAUCUGGAUCUAAUUUUAGCGUUGGUCAGAGACAGCUGGUGUGUCUUGCCAGAGCAGUUCUAAAAAAAAAUCGUAUUCUUAUCAUUGAUGAAGCAACAGCAAAUGUGGACCCAAGAACAGAUGAGUUCAUUCAAAAGACGAUCCGUGAGACCUUUGCUCACUGCACAGUGCUGACCAUUGCACACCGUUUGAACACCAUUAUUGACAGUGAUAGGAUUAUGGUUUUAGAUGCGGGAAGACUGAAAGAAUACGGUGAGCCUUACAUUUUGCUGCAAGAACAAGACAGCUUGUUUUACAAAAUGGUGCAACAAGUGGGCAAGACUGAAGCUGCUGCUCUGAUGGAAACAGCAAAACGGGUAAUUUUAGAAGAAGAGAUAAUUAAGUUUGUCUCUGCAGUUUGUUUAUCUCAAGUUAGCAUAUUCAGUGUUGCAGUAAUCCUUCCACUAAAGGAUCUGUCAGUUUUGCAAGGCAAAGCCAUAAUUUUCAGUGGGAUAUACACAGACUUCCAAAUGAUACAUGUAUUUAUAUACCCCAAGUUGAAAGACUGGAUUUCAUGCUUCCUUUUGUAUGUACACAAAACAGUAAGUGUAAAUAAUAUAGGACAUACUCACUUGUGCUGGGCAUUGAUCUUAACUCGCUGUGAAAAACACGUUAGGGCUGCAGAAUCAAAUAUUUAUAUGUUAUGUCUCUAUUUUUAAAGGGUGCAUCAGGUUUUAGUUGGGGCUCAAUGCCUGUGACCAUGCUGUGGUCCCUGAGGGUUUGAUUACAUUCCUUCUGUUGUGCUUUCCCUUACUUCUUUCUGGUACCCUGGCUCUCUGUUCUGCACCAAAAAUGAGCAGGGCUCAGCUAAGAAACAGCUAUUCAAUGUUUUGUCACCUCCUUGUUCCUGCAAGGCUCUGUGCCUGAUUUCAAACUGUUCAAAUCCUACUCAGAGUACAGAAUUAUUAAUGUAAUUGUGAGCAUUCCUCUGGCAAUCCAAGUGUUUAAGAGACAUCAAUGGAUUCGUUUUCACAAUAUGCCUGUGAGGCGAGCCUAUAUCAUCUCCAAUUCUCAGAUGGAAAGCUGAAGCAGAGAUAAGAAGAUAAAAAAGAAUGACCUGUGAUUGAGGAUCUCUUUGACUAGCUUUGGCUUGCUUUCUUUUUUCUUCAUAAUUUACCACACAGGACGUCCAGGGCAAGACUUAAUUCCCUCAGUGCCAGCAAAGUUUCAGCAUUGCUCCAGCUGAGACUGGCAGUGCUCCGUUUGGCAGCAGCUUGCUUGGAACCCAUGUAACUGGGCUUUCAGCAUGUGAGUAAGGCACUGGUAACCUAAGAGAGCCUUUUACAGGAGAGAGGCAAAGCUCUUUAGCCUUUAUGCUUUCCUUUCCUCAAAUUGCUGGAUGUGUGGAGCAGAGCUAGAGGAGCACGAAGUCUAAAAUGUCACCUGGGGAAACAAAAGACCAGUAGACAGGGAACAACACACAAAGACAAGAAACAAAAUGGCAGGUGUUUGACUAUUUUCCAGUAAAAAAUAGAUGCAUUUCCAGCAAGUUGAAAAAAAAAAAAGAAAAGUAGUGCAGUCAUGGAGGCUGUGUGCUCAUGUCUGGAUGCUAUAUUACUGGACUUCUUGAAGAUCAGGGAAGAGAUUUCUGUGUCUGUUCAUAUUCUCAGUUUUUUAUUUUUUAAAGGGUUUUUCAAGUAAAGCACUGUAGCUAAGAGCGUACACCAUAAAUUCUUGUGUGGUACAAAUUGCAUAACUGAGGAAAGAGUUUUGUCUUGAACUAAGCUGUGUUACAAGUUCU